AUGACUGAAAGGUUGUUAGUAAGAGCAUUGAAGGGUGGUGAAAACACUAAGAUCGUUACCUUGAAUGGGAAGAAGAUAACAAAGAUGCCCUCAACAUUAGAUAAACUGCCUGGCCUGAAGACUCUGGAUCUUCAGAAUAACCAAAUACCCAAGGUGGGCCCUGAGAUAAGCACCUUGACCCAGUUGAUAGUACUAAAUCUGGGAAACAACCUUUUGGAAGAAAUUCCAGAAGAGAUGAAAUACCUUACAUCCCUGAAGAAGCUUCAUUUAUUUGGAAACAAGAUUUGUAAAUUUGCAUCUGAAGCAUGUGAUGGGUUACAAAACUUGAUUCUGCUUAAUCUGAACAACAAUCAGCUCACAUGGAUUCCUCAAGAAGUCAGCAGAUUGAAAAGUCUUACAUAUUUGAGUAUAAAUCAUAACCAGCUAGCCAGCGUUCCUAAAGGACUUUGUUUUCUUAAGAAUCUUUCUGAACUUCAGCUUAACUACAAUCAGCUCAUUUGUAUACCUGAAGAGAUUAAGUUCUUGAAGAAGCUCCGGAAGCUUCUUCUGGUCAGGAACAACAUUGAAGUUUUGCCAGAGGGACUUUGUGAUCUUAUAAACCUAAGAAUCCUAGACAUAGCUGGAAAUUUUAUUCAGACAUUUCCAUCAGGAUUUCAGAAUCUGAAGCUGAAGGAAUUCUACUGUGAAGGAAACGCACUGUUCCUGAAGCAGCCAGUUAAUGCUGUACAACAGGAGGACGCCUGGAGUCUACAGGAAAUAACUUCAAGAUUUAUAAUGAAUGAGCUAGCAGGAAAGAAUCCUUUCAUAAUGCACGUCAUAGAACAGCACCCACAGGUCAGGAACAUAAUCUCUCAGGGAAGAAAAUGUGCAAUAUGUGGAAGGUGCUUUAUAACAGUAUGGCUGGAAUGUGUUGAAUUUGUUCCUCCACCAAAGAACUGGAAGAUAAGCAGAAAUCUACAGCUGGUACCUCUUCGAAUAUUAAUUUGUUCUUACAAAUGUUUUAAUCAACGUGGCCCUAACGUCUUUGGAAUUGCUCAAGUGUAGAGCCGGUGAGCAGCUCACUUAGAGCCUCACAUGACUUGCCCCAUCAGCUCUGCACACAGAGUCAGAUUAUGCCCUACUUAUGAUACCAUGCUGUGUCUCUUCCCUUUGCCGGUACAUUAAGCAAAGGAAGAAAAAUAAUUUACUUGUAAAGAUCCCAGUUUAAGCACUAUCAUCUACCUUUAGCUUGUUUAGACUCUAGGU